AUGGCAGCACUGGCUUGGCUUCGCAAGGUCAAGAAAGAGGCGCCGGCCAGCGGCCAGGAAGUGGACGCGCAUCUACGAAUCGUCCAGCUGGUGCAGCAUCUCGUGCGUGUCGAGAACCGGCCCCUCACGCCCUUCAUCUACGAGUGCAUGAUGGACGCCAUGGCCGAUCCUCGAGGCUCCGUCGACGGCCUCCGGAGGCUCCUGGACGACAUGGUCGAGCAGGGGAUAAAGCCGACGGCGGAGCUGUGCAACGGCGCGCUGCGAGCGCUGAUGAACCACCCGGACUACGCCAUGCGCAUGGAGAUUCUGCACAUCAUGCAAGAGUACUGGUUCACCAUCGACACGCCAGUGAAGCAGACGGUGGUGGUGGGGCUGCUGCGGGACGAGCAGUAUGAGCUGGCGUACGCGAGACUCACGGAGAUGGUUGAGCAAGGGGCCAAGCUCGACGCCUGGGUGUACGACAUCUUCAUCCUGGUGUUUGGGAGGCACGGGUUCCUGGACGAAAUGCUGCAGCUUCUCUACAGACGCAAGAACAUGGGCGGCGGCGGCAGCACCGACCCCGUUGUCAUCAGCUUGUCAUACUACGCCCUGGACGUGUGCAGCCAGGCAUAUCACCACGCGGGCACCCUCUUCGGCUGGCUCUCGGUGGUGCAGAAUCACCUGGUGCAGCCGUCGGACGGCAUCAUCGAGAAUGUGCUGGGGACGGCGGCCAGGAACGCAGAUGCCCGGCUCGCGUCAGAGGCACUGGCCAUGGCGUCAGAGCGCAUCAGAGCCCAGACGCACCACUACGAGGCCGUCGUCGAGGCCUUUGUCGGCAGCGGAGACCUGACAGCGGCCAUCCGAACGUUUGGCAUCAUGGAAGACAGCGGCCUGAGGGUCGGGCGCAGCCAGACCAGGAGGCUGCACGCGCUCCUCAGGAGCCGUCCGGAGCUCCUGGACGGCGCCGAGGCGGCGGUGCGGGAGGCAGCCGGUGCACGCCCUGUGCCUCACGCGGCCGCAGCCGCCGUGAUUGAGGCGCUGGCCCAGACUCACGGCAGCCAGAGGGCUCUCUCGCUGUACCGGGAUCGGGCCAAGCUCUGCGGCGCGGAGCCGCCCAACGCGAGGAUGAUCCAGACGCUGCUCAUCCACAGCGCUGACGAGGCCACGGCAAAGUACUUUGCAAAGGAGUACGCAGACCAAGUAGUCUCCGAAGACGAGGACCCGAAGCAGACGAAUUCGUCACUGAGCCUGCUGAUUACAAAGUGCGCCGAGGCGGGCGAGAUGGACCUGGCGUUCCGGUUCACGAGGCAAGGGCUGGCCGGCGGAAUUACGAGAGCGCGGCUGUCGUCGCGAUGGAUCAGCGUGCUGGUCGAGCAGGCGAUGGCGAGGGAGGACGGGCGGGUGUGGCCGGUGGUGGACGCGCUGCUCAACACGGGGGACGAGGACACGACGAGGGUGGUGCGCAGGAUCCUGCAGCAGAAGAGGAUUUCGAAGCUAGCUUCGCAGUGGAGGGCGGGAGGGGGGACGCCGACGGUGACCAUGUCGCCGUAG